UGGCCGCGGGCGAGCGCGGUCAGUCGCGCAAGAGCCAUCGACUUAAGUAACCGUCGCGCACGCACCGCAAGUUGUACCGAGGAUGAGCCGCCAGUAGUGCGCCGCAUCGUGCACCUCAGCCAUCACCAAAGCGAUACGAUACCAAAAAGAAGAAGCUCGAAGACGGCGACCAGCAUGCGACAUAUGAUAGCAGUCGAAAAUGCGCAUCGCUGGUAGCCACAUCAUCGACACGCGUUCGGCUACCGCCACCUUAGUCAAGAUGUUGAUCCCGCUGUGGCUGCACUCGAUGACGGCGGCGUUCGUCAUCGGCCUGCGCACCUCGCUCGCCGCCGAAGUCUUCCCCCUUGGCGCGACACACCUCUACCACCUGCACUCGACCACACUACUGAAUGAGUUGUGUGUGGCCGGGGGCGGUUGUGGGCAGGAUGUGGGAUUCCGGGUAACAAGCGAGGUGCGGGUGACGGCGCUAUGGACCGAUGGUCCCGAUGCCAAACUUCUGCGCGUGCAUGCCGCCGGAUGGCGGCUGCAUGUGCGGGGGCAGCGCGCCGACGACUUCAGCGAACAACCCAGUCGCCUGGCGGAUAUCGCCUCAAGGCCCUUCUACGUGCUGUGGCGUGCCGGACGCGUUGACAAGGUGCUCCUGCCGAAAGCGGACACUGAUGUUGAUGCCAGGGCACUGAAGAAGGGGAUCACCUCCAUGCUGCAGUUUCAAUUGAGCACGCAGGAGAUCCAUGAGGUGGACGUAAGUGGGAACUGUCACGCCAGUUAUUUAGUCACAGGUCCCGCGCAUAGUAUCAUCACCAAAGACAAACAUUGUGAAGCGGCGCAGAAACGCCAGGAAGGCAUGCUCUCUUCCGGAGUGGAUUCCACUCAACGAACGGUGUUGACCCUUGCACCAGAAAAGAGCGAUUUUGUGAAAAUCGCCUCGAUUGAGAUGAAGGAGACGCAUGUGUUGUCCCUACCGGCAUACAACGCGGUUGGGGCACACGUGGACGUCAAACAGGUCCUUACCCUUUCCAGUUUAGAAGAGAGCAAGGUACCUAAUAUCGAAGCUACCACAAUGGAGGCGGCUGAACAAGCGCUCCUGCAAACCGAGGACCUCACCAUUGAGACCCUUGAUCAGAUUGAACAUCAAACCGUGGAGAACAAAAUGGAUUUCGUGGAGCAAGUGAAGGUACACCGUCCUGCGCUCACUGAUACCAAAAUGGUUGCGGAGGCGAAGAGUGCUGUUAGGUUACUAUCCGCCGCGCGGGAAGCCACCAAGGAAGACAUCAUCAAGGUGCUGAAAGAUCCCAAAAACAAUCGAAUUCGGCCGGAACUGUUGGAUAUUUUGGGUUUCGCGCAAUCCACCGCAUCGCAUGCGGCUGUCAAUAAGGUCUUCCACAUUGACGACGCCGCGCAAAGCGAUCUGAACGAGAGGUAUCUCUGGGCGCUCUCGUUCAGCGCGAACCCCAAUCCGGAAAUCAUGGAAGAUCUCCUCAAGAAAUUCAAAAAUACCCAAAACAUCCCAGAAAAGGUUAGCGAGACCCUCAUCUCGACGCUGGCCAGUAUGGCGCGCAAUUUACGAGCGCAUCCUAACUACGAUCAAAAGAUUCACAACGACAUUCAAUCGAUCAUAGUCAACUACAUGGACGCCACGGGCAAUCGAGCUGCAUACCAUCGCGCACUUAUCAACCUGCAAGCCCCGUCCACCAUCCCACUCCUACUUGACAUCACAGCUGGUAAGAAGAAGGGCUACGCAACCAAAGAAAUCAUCCUCGCGUGGCGCGCUAUCUUGCUCAUUGUUCAGGGCGAACUUAAGCAGAAACCAGAGGGCACUGGUGAUGUGGUCAAAGCUAUCCGCAGUCAAGCCAUUCGCACCUUCCUGCAACUGCGCACAAUUGAAGACAGUACCUCUCGCACCCUGGCGUUUGAUACCAUCACUACUCUCGCCGCUCGUCCGGAUGCUGACAUUGACCAGACUGUGGACGUUAUCGUCAGCUAUCUCCGAGCUGGUGAUGCGGACAGUGAAGUAAAUCAGUAUAUCCUUCAACGUUUGAGGAUGUUAUUAGAGGGUACCACGAAUCUACGCCUUGCAGAGGCACUGGACCAGCGUUUGAAGGAUAGCGCUACACUUUCGAAUUACCACGUGUUCUCGCCGAAGGGUCUCAGCGUUGCCAUGACAGCGGAGGUCUACUCUCAGGGAGGUUUGAAUAAAACCAUCGAUGGCGGCGAACGCGCGCAGGAUCUCCUCCGAGGUGGUCUCAGCACUGUGCAGGAGAUUCAGAAAGGUUUCGUGAAGCGGGGAGUUGUUAGUGUGACCAUGGAUAGGGGUAGUGAUGAGAUGGAAUUGUUCGGGUUGGGGAUCUUCACUUCCGGCCUGGGGAAUUUCAUGGGUGGUGCAGAGGAAGGUGAGGGUGAUGCCAUGGCUGGAAUGGAGUUGGCCGUGCUUGGUACUCAUCUAAGACCGUUUAUUUUCUUCACUGGUCAAGGGGAACUUAUGAGCCAUGUGUGGAGCGGUACCGGGUCGGAACGCACCACCGCAUUUCAGGCUUUGAUGUUGCUGCAUGAUCAUCAGCAGCAUGUCCGGCUCGGGACCGGGUUGACCAUGGCGGUGGACGUGAAAAGCGCCGCCUCCGUUGACCUUUCCGGUCAGAUUACCAUUUCGUUGUGGUACCGCAACGCAGACGCCAAAGUUGAAAAGUCGGCCGGAGUUUUUACACUGGGCGCUAUGAGCGUGGACGCAUCCUUUGCUUCCGCACGUAUUGAAUUCUCCACGUCCCUGGAACCCCGCCUGGAGCUCGCCGCCAACGUGGAUUUCGCCGCGUCUGAUGUGAGUCUGUGCAUGCGGUUGUCACAGCCGGCCCUGGAGUACGCGUACAACGUGUACAAGAUCGAGCGCGUCGACGGCAGCAAGCACAAGCUGCGACGACGUGUGCGCCGUCGUCGGCCCAUACCGGGCAAGACCUAUGCGCUCAAUAAGAAGAACGCCGACAUGUGCAACGUGAUCUUCACCAAUUAAACGCAAUCAUUCCCUCCGUGCGCACCUAAUCUCUAUUUUUUCGAAUAUGUAUGCUAAUAAAAACCGAUUGUAUUUAAUGUAA